CAGUUUCGAGGGCGUCGAAUUCAUCGAGUAUCAUAGCGUGGAUAUCACUGGAGCUCAUACUCUGUUUUUUAAUUUCACAAUCGUCACUGUUCUUCGAACGUAGAACUCUCUGAAAUGCUGUAGGAAUAAAUUUUUGACACCAACUUAUUGAUUUGAAAACUGAGCAUCGCUUCAUCUUUGCUGAUAACGCGCAUCAUAAAUAUCGUCAGAUGGCGGCAUCGGUGACAGAGAGUUCGGCCACAGAAGCCAUAUCCCGUCUACAGCCAGAAUAUAUGGUUCCUCUGACGCGAACUGGAUAUCUACUAACCGCCAUCUAUCUUACCAUCGUUGGUUCGAUCGCGACGGUCGGCAACAUCACGGUUAUCUGCGUGUUGUGCCGCUACAGGACCUUCCGAAAGCGGUCAAUCAACCUCCUCCUGAUCAACAUGGCCGCCAGCGACUUGGGCGUGUCCGUAGCUGGGUACCCCCUCACGACCGUGUCGGGGUACUGGGGCCGAUGGCUCUUCGGGGAUGUAGGCUGCCAGUUUUAUGCGUUCUGCGUCUACACACUCUCCUGUAGCACCAUCUCCACCCAUGCAGCCAUUGCAGUUUACAGAUACAUCUAUAUUGUAAAGACAGACCUACGUCCAAAGCUAACGGCCAACUUUACGAGCGGGGUUAUCGUUGUAAUAUGGGUGUAUGCCUUCUUCUGGACGGUAACCCCAUUCGUCGGCUGGAGUAGUUAUAUUUACGAGCCGUUUGGCACUUCUUGUUCUGUUAACUGGGUUGGCCGAACCAUCAGUGACAUUUCAUACAUGGUAGCCUGUACUAUCGGCGUCUAUCUUCUACAGAUCUUCAUCAUGCUCUACUGUUACAUCCGUGUGGCUAAAAAGAUCCGGGGAGUAGAUCCAGGUCGUACAGAGGAAAAAGAUGCAGGCGUAGUCGUCUUUGGGAGACUCCGCAAACGGGAGGCGAAAAUUGACACGCACGUUACAAAGAUGUGUUUCAUGAUGAUGCUCACUUUCAUUGUUGUCUGGGCACCGUACGCCGUGGAGUGUCUUCGGGCAGCGCACGUGCAUCGCAUCAGUGCCUUAUCUUCAGUGCUCCCGACCAUGUUCGCCAAGAGCUCUUGCAUGGUUAACCCCAUCAUCUUCUUGACCUCAAGUUCCAAGUUCCGGCAAGAUCUGGGCAAGCUCUGGAGCCGCCCCUCGUCACAAGACUCCCUCCAACUCGAGGAACGCAACAAGACGCAGCGUUCACUUUAUGUCCGACAUAGCGAAUUAGGCUCAGCCCACGGAAACGACACUGCUUCGGUGUACUACGAAAAAGAGCGUAUUUACAUCGGCGAAAUGCGUGCCACCAGUAUACAAAAAGAGGCUGAAUUAUUGCAACGCGACCCCGAAUUGCUUUCGAUUGCGUCUUCGACGAACUCGGACGUCAAGUUUGUCGUAAGGGAUCGGCCAAAGCGGUACACGAAGAGACCCGUAAAGCCCCAAGGACCACGUGGCCCAGAAAUGUUUACAGCCUCUGGGGUCACUAACAAAGGGAGCUCUACGAGCGACAGCGGGGGACAGUCGACGUCAUCAGGUACGACAGGGUCGAAGCCAAAGAGGUCAGGUCGGAAAGCGUCAAGACAGUACUCGAUGAAGUCCCAAUCGGAGGACACGGGAGAAAUCUUUACCCUGGAUGGAAGCGCUUUGGAAAUGAUGAGCUUACGCAAGCUUUGAUGAUUAGCUCAAUCUUAAUGUUCGGUUAUUCUCGUGUAAUAUCUCACUAAACGACGAGUCAAUUAUUUUUAUGCAAACUAUAUUCAAGUUUUCGUUUCCACUUGAAGUGAAGAAAGGAGAUGAUCCUGAAAGUGUUCAGAGUAUCGAGAACAAAUUCAAAAUCAGUCUGAUGAGCCGCCUAUACAAUAUGGCCUACGUUUUGCCAAUGAAAUAUGGGAAAACAAGAAUAAAGUAGCCUGAUAUUUGUAACAUAAUUAAAUUAUCAUUUUGUAAUAUUGUCAAGUAACGACAUAAAAUUUGCUAUAAAGUUUAAUUUUGUUAUAAACAAACAUACUCUAAAACUAAUUGUCACUGCAGCAGUCUGCAAUGAGAAUAUUAUAGUCAUAAGUCACAUAGUUUUCAUUAACUAUUGAUUUUUCUGUUAUUUUUUAUUUUAUGCACUUUUGCCUGAUCUUGGUAACAUAAUUAAAUUAUCAUUUGGUAAUAUUGUCAAGUAACGACAUAAAAUUUGCUUUAAAGUUUAAUUUUGUUAUAAACAAACAUACUCUAAAACUUAUUGUCACUGCAGCAGUCUGCAAUGAGAAUAUUAUAGUCAUAAGUCACAUAGUUUUCAUAAAUCAUUGAUUUUUCUGUUAUUUUUCAUUAUAUGCACUUUAGCUCAUUUUAACUUGUUGCUGAUCCUUUGUACAUAAAGUCCCGUACGAGUUGCUGUUUGUUAAAGUUUAUAUGAGAAGAUUUUAAGUUGUUAUGCACAAAGUAGGAACACCAUUUAUGGUUCAAAUUGAAUGCAUUGGUCAAUAUAAUAAUAUUAUUUUUUGCAGUAAUAUGAUCAAAACCUCCAAUUGGUGACUUUUCCCCUCCAUUUUUACCUUGCUGCACUAUUCUGUUAAUAUUCUGGAAUCGGAAGAAGACAAUAUGUGCUCAUGUAAAGUAAUUAAGACGUGAUGAUAAUUAUAAAGUACAUAUAUUUUGUUCUUCUUCUUGAAAGAUAGACUGAGAACGAAUGUAUGACCUGCGUGUAUCUGUAU